ACAAGAGUUUGUAAAAUAAGAAGUAAACAGAAAGACUGAACUAUGACUCAAAGAAAUUACAAAUCAAGAAGGGGAAAAAUAACAUGAAUCAAAGAGAAGAAAAUCCAAAAGAACAGAUUUUCUAAAAGAAUAAACUAAAUCCGAAGGAAUGAACAUAGACGGCAAGACUAGUUGAGCAAUAAAAGUACACAAACAUAAAUGACACCCAAACGCCUGAGGACAGUGAUCGCUCAGUAAAUGUAAAUCCUGGAAUAUUUUUUGUCGCGUCAGAAAGCUUUGGUUGUAAAUUUCUCACUCAGCAGCACAUAUGUUGUUAAAGUCCUCCUGUGUGCGCCCGAUAGCUGAAUAGACGUAAAACUGGAAUUAAAACUUAAUUAUUUAGAGCUGUACUGGGAUGAGUUCACCAUCACCAGGAGUCCCCCAAUGAAGGCCCUCAUGCUUUAACACAACAAUGGUUUCUACAGAUAUCGCUCCCUGGGCGACACUACAUUACCAGUUCAUGCUUGCUCCACCCUGAUUGGUCCAUUUCAGUUUUAUGACCGUUUCUCUGGUAACGCUGCCUUCCUGUUUGCCUAUUUGUUUGUUUUUCUGACCCAAAGAGGGCAGAUUUUUACAGUUCUGACCAGACUGAGAAGACUGGUCAGAACUGUCUGACCAAAAAGUCAUAACAACCAUGUUUUUAUGUUUGUUUUUUUAUUGAAUGCUGUAAUUUCUUUUUUAUUAUCCAUCACAGGGCAAUGGUACAGUUAUGGGUUUCAGCAAACUAUUUUGAAGUAGUAAACACUGGCAGCACGUAAUGGCUAACUUUGUGUAACGGUGUGCGGACAGCAACAUGGCCGGGAAGUCACCAGUUAUUGGUUAUCGAAUGUCAACACCUGGCACGAUAAAACAAUAAGGAAAUCACAGCAGAGCAGGUGACUUUUUAUCUGCUAUCAGGAUUGAACUUUACACCACAUUGCUUGAAGAAAAAUAAAAAGGAAAGCUGUGCUCCUCGCAGUCAGAAAGACACAAAAACUCAUUGAAGACUUCGUUAAAGGUUCCCUCUGCAGCACACAGUGAGCCAACAUGGCCGCCAGCGGUCAGCUAACUGAGGACCAGCUUCGGUGUCAAAUUUGCAAGAACAUCUUUACUUUUCCUGUCACGCUGCCUUGUGGCGACAACUUGUGCAAAACGUGCAUCCUAAGAGAAUGGGGUCAAAGUGUCCACUGUCAGUGUCCGAUAUGCGAAAAGGAAUUUAAUGAACGUCCUCAGCUUCAACCCAAUCAAAACCUCUCUAAGAUGGCAAAUUGCCUCAAAAAGUCCAAAGCAAAGGAGCUCUGCACCAUCAACAAAAGUGAGACCGACAUCAGCCCUUAUACGAGGGACACUUCGGCGCACGACAGUAGCAACAGAAUUGGUGAAAGCAAUUUCCACAGCAAACUUAACAACAUCCUCAGCAGAUCCAGCAGCAAUAUCAGCAGCGGCUUCCCCAGAAGAAAUACUUGGAGUAACAACAGUAGCAACGUCAGCAUUCCAACACCCAGAAAACACGACACCAACACCAACAGAGAAAGCAAUUUUCACAGUAAUCUUAGCAGCACCCUCAGCAGAUCCAGCAGCGUCAUCGAGAGCAACACCUCUAGAAGCAACAAUGCGACAAGCAACAGUAGCAACAGCAACAUAAGCUUGGCUGCCACCAAUACCACGAGAAGUCUCAGCCUUGCCGUUGAUGAAAACAAUUUCAACAGCACUCCGUCGCAACAAAGGGUUGCCACAUUAGGAGACAUAUCCUGCGAUGAAUGCACGGGACUGAAACUGAAGGCAGUCAAGUCCUGCUUGGUGUGUCUUGCAUCUUACUGCGAAACACACCUGAAGCCUCACUUGAUGACUAAAGGCCUGAAGAAGCACCAGCUGCUCGAGCCUGUGGAGAACCUAGAGGCCAGGAUGUGCUCAUACCACAACAAACCGCUGGAGCUGUUCUGCAGGACAGACCAGACAUUCACCUGCAUGCUCUGCACCCUCCUAGAUCACAAGGAGCACGACUACCUUCCUCUGAGUGAAGAGGCUGGACAAAAGAGAUCUGUGCUAAGAGGGACAGAGGAAACGUUAAACCGGAUGAUUCAAGAGAGACGAGGAAAGAUGCAGGAUCUCAGGUACACGUCAAGGCUGAACCAAGAAGCUGCAGACGGUAAGGCGGCAGUCGGUCUUCAGGUCUUCACAGAUCUGAAACGAAUCCUUGAAAAUGGUUCAGAUGAACUUCUCAGGAAUAUAGAAAUAAGGCAAGUCACAGCAGAGAGGCUAACUGAAAGACUUAUCGCAGAGCUGGGGCAGGAAGUGAAAGUCCUGAUGCAGAGUAGCGCCGAUGUGCAAGAGCUCUCAUCGUCUGAUGAUCACGCUCAUGUUUUGAGAAGUUUUUCAUCCGUCAAUAACAUCCCAGCCAUGAAGGACUGGUCAGACAUCAGUGUCCAAAUCCCUCUAUAUGAAGAGAUGGUAAGGAAAGCAGUGGUGGAAGCUGUGGAUCAGUUGCAGGCUACCUUCAAGAAAGAAGAGGGUAAGCUGAAGGAGGCAGAGCUAAAGAGGGUGCAGAAGUUCAAAGUAAAUUUAACUCUGGAUACACAAACAGCAGAUCCAUGGCUCAUCGUAUCUGACGACGGCAAACAAGUCCGUCUGGGUGAUUUUAAGAAAUUUGUUCCGGAUUUGCCAAAGAGGUUUAAUCCAGGAGGGGGAGUCGUGGCACAACAGAAUUUCGGUUUCGGGAGGUUCUACUUCGAGGUUCAGGUGAUGGACAUGAUGAAAUACGAUUUCGGAGUGGUCUACGAGUCGAUCAAUAGGAAGAAAAAAAUCACAAACAGUAAGGAGAGCGGCCACUGGAUACUGAGUCUAAGGAAGGAGAAUGAGUACAAAGCACGGGCCAGCCAUGAAAUCCCUCUCAGUCUUACCCACCGUCCUCAGAGAAUCGGGCUGUUUGUCGACUAUGACGAGGGUUUAGUCUCAUUUUACGACGUCGGCAUCGCAGAACACAUCUUUUCUUUCAACGACUGCAGCUUCACUGAGAGACUUUAUCCAUUCUUUAAUCCAGGUCAUGGUUCAAGGAACUCCGCCUCACUUAAAAUAGGACAGUAGCUGUGAUUGAAUCAUGGAGUUAUUUUGCUAUGUUCUACAUUUGUACUUGUCUCGACUUUCCAGAUUCUGUCCAAAUACGGAAUGUGAUUUUAGUCUGAUUUGAAUAUAUUUGGUGUUAUGGAUUUUUAGAUUGCACACUUAAAAAAAUAUCAGACCGAAACUAAAAUAUCCUUAAUGAACAGUGUAACUAGUCAGUCUGUGCUGAUUCCUAUUAAAGUGAAUUGUUACUUCAUUGUUGUGUGAUGUGUUCUGGCAACAGGUUCUUACAUUUGGAGUUUUGAAUUAAAAGUAAACACAUUUCUGAGAUCCAA